AACAUGCGGACGUCUCCUUGGGGACGUUUACCUCUAUUAUAAACUGGAAGUGGUACUGGAUCAUCGAUAUAAGCUAUGAUAACGUUAAAUACAUAACACAUUUAAGUGUCUUCGUAUUCCAUAACAUUCCAGAGGCAUGACGCUUUUCAUUUUAGAAAGAGAUAUAUAUUUUGUAUAAAAACAUGAGCAAACCUGUGUUGGAAACCUUUCCACGUGCAUGGACUAUUUAUCACAGUUUGGAGCUUUAAAGCUACAAUGAGAAAUCAAUAGUCAUCAUGCUUGAGGUUUGUCAGUACAAUAGUGGAAUUUCUACAAUUAUAGAACCAAUGAAUGACGGUGUCAUAACUAUCAACGGCAACAUGAAGCAUGCUUCUGCUAAUGUUGAAGUUUAUGAAUUUAAUUUAGGACAAGCACAGCAACUUAGAUGUGUUAACCGUAGCAAAGCUACUGUUUGUGGAGAUUGUGAAGCAUGUAUCUUAAAUAACAAACUAUCAGACAUUAAAGAAUGGUUCCCAAAGUUGGGAGAUCAUUCCAAGAAACGACUAAUGCUUGGACUUUUAAGGCGAUUUCAUAGUAUCGAUCUCUUACAUCAACUUGUGACAUUAUUACACCCAAUGAUGUGUAAAGAUUAUACAUAUGCUCGAAGUCGUACAUGUCCAAGUCUGUUCACAGACUCGUCAACUCUGAGUUCUGACCGUGCACUGCCAACAGACAAAGUAGAAGAUAAUAUUAACUCUUACUGGCAAUGGUUUGAGAGGACCAACUAUUGGACCAAGUCCAACUUUGCCUUUGCUGUUCUACAGAUGUGUGACAGUCACCUUUUACACACUUUAGCAUCACAAGCUCGUACAUUGUUGAUCACAGAAGAAAAGGCUGCUUCAAGUUUAGAAGAUGAUGACCAUCUUGAAUCUUCAUCAAUUUGUGAGACAGAAUAUUCCUAUAAAACAGAUGAUCAUCCUGAACUGGAUAUGCUUAUUAGUUUGUCACCAGAAUAUGGUUCUCCAACAAGAGACCCAAUCACUGGUAAAAAGAUCAGACCCACAACAAGACCUCAGAUAUCAGAUCCCCGUGAUUUUCAUGAUGAGACUAGCCUGUCAUCAUUGGACCCUGCACUUAUGGUCAUUCCUUCUUCAGCCAAGGCCCAUUCUGGUGUGUCCCAGUACAGGGACUUCAUUAGAUAUCUACCAGUCCAUCUUGCCAAAUAUAUCCUCCGACUUCUGGAUGAGGCUUCUUUACAUGCUGCCAAGGAUGUCAGUACCAAGUGGCAGGUACUUGUUUCAGAAGUCAAAGUUGAACUGGAGUUGAACAAGAAGUUGAUGGAAGAAGUUAUGCUCAUGCAGGGUGCCUCUGCUCAAGGUGUUAAUCAUGAAUAUGCAAAGGAUAUUGAUGUACUGGUCCCUAAUCUGUAUCCUGGUACAAGGGAAGUAAUUAAAACAAAUGGUGAAGUAACCUACCAUCCUGACUAUAAGACAAUGAUGACCUUUGAGACAGGUUACAGUGGCAUAUCUGUACGUAAUGCUAUCAUUGAAGAAAGGAAUGUUUUCUGUGGAUCCUACUAUGUACAGAUUAUGUUAAAAUUAGAUGAUCCUCAUCGAGUGUUCCAUACAGAUGGAGGAAACUUAAUUGUUACUGGAUCUAAAGAUAGAAAGCUAAGAUUUAUUGAAAUGGAGAAUAGAGCAGAAUUAGACCUUAAGAUAUCAGGGCAUGCUGGCAGUAUUAAAUGUGUUCAUCUUAAUGAACAAGAAAAUUAUGUACUUAGUGGGAGCUAUGAUACAAGUAUAAGGAAAUGGAGCACUAAAGAUGGGAAAUGUCAAAAGAUAUUCCGUGGACAUAGAGAUACAGUAUUGUGUAUUGAAGUUGUAGAAAACCUUCUGUGUUCAGGUUCUAAAGAUGGUGCUUGUAAAAUAUGGAACAUGCAGACAGGGAAAUGUAUAUCCAACUUGAAACAUCGUAGUCCAGUAUCAGCCUGUGCUAUGUCAGAAGAGAUGGUUAUCACAGGAUGUGAAGAUGGUUUAGUCAAGGUUUGGGAUCUUAAAUCAGCAGAACUUAUCAAGAUUUUGAAAGGCCAUGAUGACCAGAUAACUGCCAUUAAGUUUGAUCGUUGGCAUAUUAUCACAGGAAGUAAAGACAGCUAUGCCCAUGUAUACAGUACACAGGGAAACCAUGAAAGGAUUCUGAAUGCCCUCAAACAUCCUCAGGCAGUGCUUUGCUUAGCUUUCAUGUACCUUCGAGUAAUAACGGGAAGUAAGGAUGGUCGACUUAGAAUCUGGAACAUGGUGACUGGACAAUGUUGUCGUAUCAUGAGAGGAAACAGUCAGAGUGAUCCAAUCAGAAGUAUCGUUGCUAUAGGAGAUAGAAUAACCUUAAACACAGACAAGAAUUUAUUGGUGCUAAGUUUUGACCCGCCUAACUGGGAUUACACCUUAGAGUCGGACAAAGUGCCUUCUUUAGUACCAUAUAGCUCAUAUUCUGAUGCACCAAUGCGUCAUAGAGAGUAUUCCUAUAUACGUGCCUGUAGAAUGCAAAAAGCUGGUGCAACAAACACAAAAAUUCUCCAGCGUGGAAUUGCCAAUGCCCCAUCUGACUAUAUAUAUGAAGGUUUCCCUCAAACUCGAUUCAGAGCUCCACAACUGCCGCAUAGUGCCAAAAGUCUUAGUAAGCGUAGUAUGCAUAGUGCUAAAAUGAUUCAAACACAGCAAUAUGCAGAGUCUGGGUAUGAAAGUGGAACUACACCAAUAAGGAUGGAAUCCAGAAUGGCAAGUUCUGUCUUAUCUUCUAAAAAAUCUGUCCAUUCAGCACCUCUUCAUCCUCCAUUCCCUAAAACCAGACCUCAGACUUUCAAGUCCGAAUAUAGUGUUGUCAUAGCAACAGAUAAACAUGAUACUGAUGAAGAUGAGGAAGAUGAGAUUGAGCCUCAUCCUUCAAUGAUAAGGAGGCGUGUGUCAUGGGCAUUUGAUAAACCUCUGAUUCCUAAGUCUAAGGAUGUGUCAUUAUCAGAAACAAAAGCAAUUCUCAGGUCACAAAUUAGAAUGAAAGCUGAAAGUAUUGUUCCACCAGAUUUUAUUUAUUUAACUGUAAAUGCAAUUCAAAGUUCGAUGCAACCAUCUGAACUCUCUGCCAACACCUCCAAAAAUAUUCGGGAUUUAAGUUUAAGAUUGAAAGAAUUGAAGAAACGGCCAUCUUCAUCACCAAGUAAAAUUGAUCCUAGAACUAAAGUUCCUGUGGAAGAAAUGGGACUAGAAAAACUAAUGCCUAAAACUGAAGAGAUGGAUACAAAAAGUGUUUCAGAAUUCUCAGAAGCAAAGUCGCAUAAGUCUAAAAAGAGUAAAGAAGGUGUGCCAUUGCAUGGUCCUGAUAAAGAAGUUUAUGCCACACAAUGUGAUGUCAUACCUACAAAGGUAAAGGUCAGGACAAGUCUCCAUCAGAAAACUACAAAAAAGACUGUACCAAAUGGAAGGGUUAUUAGACCUGUGUCUGCAUCAGCUUCUCGUCGACAUCCUCCUCCUGAGGAAGAGAAAGGUCGACCUAUCACAGCACCAUCCCUCCGACGUCCAGGCACUUGUUUUUCUGUACCAUCAACUAUAAGUCCAGCAAUGCCUGGAGUAUCCCCUCCUAAGAGGCACGAAGGAAUCUCCUCUACAGCUUAUGAAACAAACAUUGUCCCAAUGUGUAUGUAUCCUCCAGACAUGAAAGAAAAACUUGCUCAAUUAUUGAAAGAAAAGCGAAAAGCUUUAGGUCAUGAUAUUCUAAGAACACGAAGUGAUUCCAGUUUAGGUGGAAGAGUUGGACAAUUUAGUGAUCCUUUAAGGAGUCAUGUUAAGUUUGAACUUAGGACUUAUGAACAAGAAAAAGGUUUUGUGGACUCAAUAGAAAAAAGUAAUCUUGAGAAACGUCGAAAAGAAGAAGAGGAACUUGAAAGGAAAAGAAAAGCAGCAUGGCUAGCUAGGGCAAAAUCAAAUACUAGUAUUAAAGAAAGGCCAAAAACUGUUUCAUAACUUAAUCAACCUGUUUGAAUGGUUCUGUAUCAUGAAAAAGUGGCAAAUUAAAAAGCAAAAAUAAUGUUUAUGUGUGUGUAACAGUUUAUUUAUUUAGUCGUGCUUUAUUAGUGAGUAAGUUUCUGUGGAAGUGAGAGUAAUACAUUAGUAUUUGCACAAUUCAGAUUUUCACAAAAUUAAUAUUGUUGCUUUUUAGCAAAGGUCUGAGAUUGAAUUCAUUAGAUUUUAUACAGUUAACAAUAAUUUACCAUGAACAUUAAAUUUAGUGGUAUUUUCAAAACUCUAAAUAUACUUUACCUUAACUUAUUUUAGGAAAUUAAUGAAAAUUUCAAAAUACUGUACAUUAUAACAUUGUCAAAGAAAAUUUCAUCAAUUUUAUUAGUUUCUGUUUCUUUAAUUAAGUUUUUGCUUGUUUAUGAAAAAAAACCAUUCCUUUUGGUAAAAGAGGUCAUACCAAAAACAAAGGAAUUUAAACUGCUGUCAUGAAGAUAAGAAACAAUAACCUUGAAUAAGGGAGAUAAUUCAAACUCGACAGUGUUGAAAACACUAAUGUCACAAUGUUGUGAUUUACUCAAACAUAACAGGAUUUAGUCAAUAGACAGUAAUUUUGUCAAGUCUUAUUGUAGCAUAUAAGUUAUGAGGGAAAAGUUAUGAUAAGGAUUAUCAAUGGUUGAUACAAAAAAAACAUUAUAAUACAGAAGGAUUGUUACACCGUUGAUAAAGUCUAAAUUUCACAUAUUUUUCAUACAUCUUAUUGUAUUUUUAGCCGUGUUGCUUCUGGAUUUCAAAAUCCUUUGAGUCCUAAACAAUACCUUUUUCAAACUUAGUUUGAUAAUGCUACAAGGGGUAAGGCAGACUUUUGGUGUCAUUCGGUCAACGGUUAAGAUCACAGCAGAUAUUGAUAGACUGGUAUUUUGGACAAUUUUUGGUUUCUUAAGAAUAUGUCCUACUUGAAGCAAAUUUAGUUUGAUAAUCACCCAUGUAGUGUGAAAGACAUUUAUUGAUUUUGGGAUCAAUUGUUCAAGGUCUCAGCAGCUCUUGAAAGACCCAAAUUGCGGGAAAUUUUUGUUACCGAAGGAUAUCUUUUGAACAAAACACCCAACCUGAACCAAAUAUACCUUAGAAAUAUGUUUUAAUAUAUAUAAUAUAUAUAUAGAAAGAUAUAAUAUUAUUAUUCAUAAAUUAUUCUUAAAGUCACAUAUUUAUUUUUAUACAUGUAUUUUUAAAACCCUUUGCCAGCCAUCAUUUUACAUAGAGUUUCAGCAGACUUUAGAGUAAAAGACUUUGUCACCAAAACCAAAAAAAUAAACAAAACCCAGUAUCAGGCCUCCCCCCAAAAUUUUCCACUGACACAACAUGCUUUUCAAAAUAUACACUUGAUGAAAAAAGUGGUAUAUAAAGCCUUAUAAUGGAACACUCGAAAAUGAAUGACAACAAACACUGUUAUAUAUUUUGCACAUAUUCAUUUAGCUCAGAAAUAUUUUACAUUGCAAAGGAAAAAAUGUGAUGAGAUGUUCUAGAUUUGUCAGUGUUUUUAUACAUUAUUAAAGAUGUGUUUAGAGUAAGCAGUUUGUAUUUUAGUGCCUAUAUUUUUUAAACAUUAUUGUAUUCUUGUUAUCAGAAUAUAUUGAUAUUCUUGAAUUGUUAAAAAAAAUGUGAAGAUUCAAAUGCACCUUUUAAUUUCUAUCUGUGAUUUCAGUGAACUAUAUAUGAAUGAAAAUUGGUUUAUCGCUAGUCUGCACAAAAUGCUCUUAAUUCAUUGUGCUUUUAAAUUACAAAUACUGGGUAAAUACUAAAUAAGCUUGUCCAGCGUGUGCAUUUAAUGGUUGUCAGUGGACAUUAAGCAGACAACAAUCAAUUAAUUUAGUUUAGCUGUUUUUUGCUGGUUAAUGCUGUGUUAAGUGAUUUCACUGUGAUUACUUUGAUUAUUAAGUAUUGUUUCAUUUAUGUUAAAUCAUGGCUGUUUGUUAUGUUCAAAAAUAUUGUCGAUACUUUCCAGACUGAAUGAUGAUUGCAUAAUGUGCCCAAAUGUAAAAUGUAUAUUUGUUAUGCUUAUUUGCUCAUUUUUCGUAUGUUGUGCAAUUUAUAAAGGUUAUUUGAGGGAGUAAAUUUUUUUACAUGUACUUUGUAUAGUGCUAAAAAAUUCUAUAAAGGCCAAAUACAAAAAAAAAUUAUUGAAAGUAAUUGCAGCAGUUUGCAUUGGCUUGAUUUGAAUGUAUUAUUUUCCAAUGAUUACUGGAAUAAAAAGUGUGCCCAAAUAGUGAUAGUGCCUUAAACUACAAGCAUUUUUACAAUUAGUUUCACAGAUCUUAAGUUCUUUUAACAAUUGCAGCAUCAUUUAUUUGAAAUUAUCCUGACACAAAGUAACAUUUUUAAAUCAUAAAUGAAGGAUGGAUGGACAUAGUGUAGGAACUCAAAUUUAGUUAAUCCAUGUGUGUAAUUUGAAUUAUUUGAGAAGCAAUUUUAAAUCAUUGAAACAUUUUGGAGACAAAAUUUGUUGACACUUGCAUGUCUCAUAUUUUACCAAUUAUUUGAGAUGUUUGUGAUUGGGCAUAGCAAUGGUUCUACAGGGAAUACAGUUGUCAAGUAUUUUUGAUAGCCCACUUGAUGUAUUUUCACUCAUUUUUUAACGUCUGAUCCUAUGAUUAAGAACUGCAUGAAAAAAAACAAUUUUAUUUAUUUAACUUUAAGUGUACAGUAAGAACAAAUAUUUGUUUCCCUUAUUUUUACUGGUACUGAGGUUUCCUGACUGCUUUCCUGCAUCAUUGAUAAUACAUCUGAUUGAACACUUCAGCUAGGAUCUGCUUAUUUUGAGUAACAGUUAAAAACGUCAGUUGAUCCUGCUUGCUCAACUUUUAUAUUCCCGCUUAAUUCAAGAUGUGUUUUCAGAGAAAAGACUUAAUCAUGAAUUUAUUUUUAAGAUUAUUAUUAUUUACUAGAUUUUCUUACCCCAUAUUGUUAAUGUCCUGUCAUUUUACUUAUAUACAACAGCUAUUAUAUAUUUUGUUUUUACAAAGUAAUCUUCUGUUGAAAAUAUUUUGAAAUAUUGAUGCUUUAGGGAAAUUUUUAAAUGAUGCAUAUAUUUACAGAAGAAUGAGUUCAGUUGUUUUUACUGUAUUAAAUGAAUUUCAAGUUAUCCAUCUACUUUAUUAUAAAGAUUUAGUUGGUUAUUUUAUGUUAUGUUCUUUUGUUUUGGGUAAAUGAUUGGUAUAUGUUUUAAUGAAAUGAAAUUGUUGUAAUAAGUGCUCAGUGCUGAUGUAUUGUCAUUGAUGUUAACUCAGCCAGGUUGGCUUCAGUAGUUACUACAGCACCCUAUGGAAUAAGACCCACAAUGUCAUGACAUCUUUCAUGGCUGUUUAAAUAAAAAUUGUUGCCACAAAAACAGUCAAAUUAAUUUAUAUAUAAAUGAAAAGCACAUUUUUAUUGUUGAAUAGUUGAAAGAUUUCAAGUAAAUAUGGUUUAUAACUUUAUAUUGUAGCCUUCAAAUAUGUUGUUGAAAUAUUUUAUUGCAAUAAAUUAUUAAAAUAUUAUAAAUGUUAAACAGGGCCAAUUAGAUUUUUGGGAGCAAAACUUAUCUAAUUGAAAAUUAUAAGAUCUGUGUUUUCAUCCUCUUAGGGAGGGAUGUAGUAAACUGUGACAACACUGAGUUAUAACAACAUAUUCUGUGAUUACUUUUGUGCCUACAUGAACCAUUGUUAUUUUGUUGCUUUAUGUAUUUGAAGUCUGUGAUAGAAUUAUUUUCAAAUUAUACUCUACAUUUUAAA